AUGUCCACCGACAAGGCGACCCGCGACGCGUCGCUGGCGGCCACCGACCGCAUCAACCAGUGGUCCGUGGACGCCAACAUGAGGGUGGACGUGUACGAGGCCCUCAAGGCGUUCAACAAGACGCCAGAGGCCAAGGCGCUCAAGGGGGAGCAGGCGCGGUUCUUCACAUUUGCGCUGCGCGACGCGCGGCGCUCGGGCCUUGACCUGCCGAAGGACAAGAGGGACGAGUUGUCAGCUCUUUUGAAAAAGAUGGCAACAAUUAAGCUGGACUUCUCGGCCUGCCUAACUGCAGACACCACCCACCUUUCGUUCCUGCCCUCCGAGCUCAACGGCACCACGAAGGAGUUUGUGGCCGGCCUCAAGCGCGACCCCAACAACACCAACAAGGCGAGAUUCACCAGACCAGGCCUUGUCAUCGUGACUGUGAAGUACCCGGACUACUACCCUAUCAUUCAGGAGUGCACGGUUGAGAGCACCCGCAAGCAGAUGGAGUUUGCAUACAACAACGUCUGCGCGGACACAAACACAAAGCGCCUUGACGACCUCGUGGCCCUCAGGGCCAAGGUGGCUGCUAUCCUCGGCUACGCCAAUUGGGCCGCCUACACCCAGGAGACCCUGAUGGCCAAGAACCCUGAGCGCGUCAUGAAGUUCCUCACCGAGCUCAGGGCCAAGCUGGUCAAGCUGCGUGACCAGCAGUACGACGUGCUGCUGCAGUACAAGCGCCAGGAGAAGGAGGCGCAGGGAAAGAAGUUUGACGGCAUUGAGAAGCGCGACUUCAGUGUGGACAAGCAGGAGGUGCAACAGUACUUCCCGAUCGCGUACGUGGUGCCCAAGCUGCUUGACGUGUACCAGGAGCUGCUGGGCCUGAGGUUCCAGCUCGACACCGCCCUCUCAAAGGCUGCGUGGGCGCCAGGGGUCGAGGCCUACAAGGUUUUUGAUGCCAAGUCCAAGGAGCUGCUGGGGAUCUUCUACCUGGACCUGCACCCGAGGGAGGGCAAGUUUGGCCACGCAGCCAUGUUCGGCCUGCAGCCGCCGAGCUGGAUCCAAGUAGGCGGCAAGACUGAGAAGCUGAUUGGGGUCGGCUCGCUGAUGUGCAACUUCCCUGACGACACGCCGACGCAGCCCGGCCUCCUGCCCCAUGAUGAUGUGACCACCCUGUUCCAUGAGAUGGGCCACAUGUUCCACCAGAUCCUCGGCCGCACAAAGAUCGCCAGCUUUGCGGGCACCAGCACUGACACUGACUUUGUCGAGGCCCCCAGCCAGAUGCUCGAGAACUGGACGUGGGAGCCGGAGGUGCUGCGUCGCAUCACAAAGCACCACAAGACUGGCAAGAUCAUGCCAGAGCACCUGAUUGCCAAGCUGGUCAAGAGCCGCGUCGCAAACGCAGGCAUCAGCAACAUGAAGCAGCUCGCGUACGGCCUCUACGACCAGAAGGUCCACACCAGCACAAACAUCAGCACAGCCGACACGUACAUACAG